CUGGUGUGGAUGUAAACAUAUGAGUCUCAGAGUCUCAUUGUCAUAUUAUGAGAGGAUGGAAGGUGUUGUAUUGAAGUGAAGUGGUGUUUGUGUCUCUGUCCCGUACAAGAAAUGGUGCGAAAAUUAACUAGCUUUUUCCCGAAAUCACCGAUACGAUGUUCGUUUUCUACAGUAAAUGAAACUAAACCACUCUCAAACAUCGAAAUAAAGGGAAAAUCGUAUAGUCGAGAUGAGUGGACGAAUGUAACACCCAAAGUUCUCUCUUAUAUAGGAAAAAACUUACAUUCUCAACCAGGUCAUCCUUUGCAUUUAGUCAAGAAGCGCAUUGUGAACUAUAUGUAUAAGACAUUCGUGGGACGGAGGGGAAAUCCUUUGUUCGCCGUAUUCGAUGAUUUAAGCCCUGUGGUUACCGUCGAGCAGAAUUUUGACAGCCUUCUUGUCCCACAUGACCACCCCAGCCGGCAAAAAAGUGAUUGUUACUAUAUAAACAGAAGCAAUUUAUUGCGAGCACACACUACAGCCCACCAAUCUGAACUUAUUGGCAGUGGUCUAAACAAUUUCCUAAUUAUAGGUGAUGUAUAUCGUAGAGAUGAAAUAGAUUCAAAACAUUAUCCGGCGUUUCACCAAGUCGAUGCUGUCAGGAUAUGCACUCCUGAAGAAGUUUUCAGACACGAGGGAAGUAUGCAGGCAGUAUUUGAAAAGAAAAGUCAGAGAACUGCAGCCAAGCAAGCGUGCCAUACCUUGGCAGCUACAAAACACAUGGAACAUGAAUUGAAACAGACACUUGAAGGAUUAGCAGAAACUCUGUUUGGAUCAGGUUUUCAGUAUAGAUGGGUAGAUACAACAUUUCCAUUUACACACCCAUCUUGGGAGUUGGAGGUAUUACGUGAUGACAACUGGAUGGAAGUAUUGGGCUGUGGAAUUAUGGAGAACGAAAUUCUAGAGAGUGCAGGAGUAAAGGGCCGAAUUGGCUGGGCAUUUGGAUUAGGUCUGGAAAGACUAGCAAUGUGUCUAUAUUCCAUUCCCGACAUUCGUCUCUUCUGGAGCUCAGAUUCUGGCUUCUUAUCACAGUUCAAUGUGAAAGAUCCUGAUACUCAAAUAAAAUAUAAGCCAAUAAGUAUAUACCCGCAGUGCACAAAUGAUAUAAGUUUCUGGUUACCUUCAGAUGAUUCAUUCACACCAAAUGAUUUCUAUGAUUUGGUAAGAACUGUUGGAGGUGAUGUCAUAGAGCAGAUUUCCCUGAUCGAUGAAUUCACCCAUAAAAAGAAAGGAUUAAAAAGUCACUGUUAUCGUAUUGUGUACAGGCAUAUGGGCAGGACACUGACACAGAAAGAAGUAAAUGAAAUACAUAACAGUAUUGCAAGAAUGGCAGAAGAAAUACUUGGUGUUACAAUAAGAUAAUAGAAAAAGUUUUAAAAUAAAGUUAUUUAUUAUUACAACUUGAUAAAGAUUUUUUUUGAUUCUUUCAACAACAGAGUCACAUUACAUUCAAUAUGGCAUCGAAACAAAUGUAGAACCCAGGCUCUAUUUUCACAAAAGUAUCACAUAUAAGUAAGUAUAAUAAACCUGCAUUCCACAAAUUAGAUUUUUUUUUUAUGUCAACCAAAACAAGUCCAAUUCCGGCAUGACAAGUAGCAGCAGUUCGGCAGACCCAAAAGAUACAAACAUAACAGAGUAACCUCAACAGGUCUUUCUUUGGCAAUGGGGUUAAGUGU